ACCCCGAGAGCGAGUCGUGAGAGAGGAACCCUAAUCCCCAAAUCCAAUCUUCUCCCCUGUCCCGAUCCGAUACAGUAUGUCUUUCGCCGCCGCCUCUGCCUCUCGCCGAUUCGCCAUGCCCCAACCCGCUACCUCCUCCCGGCGCUCCGGCGACUUCCCUGACUGGGUCUUCCUCGACACUGUUGCGCACACCGGCCGCUGCCACGACAACGCGACCACCGCUCGGGCGAAGUCGAGCGAUGGCUACCCCAUCGAGGUGUCCUUCGUGUUCGCCGAUCCACCCGCCCUCACCCGCUGCUUUGUUCACUGCCCCGCCGGCCUGACGGCAGGUGAGUUCUCCAUGUCGCCGCCCUCCAUCACCGGCGCGGACGGCGCCUUCCUCCUCCUACGUGUCAUCUUCCCCCACCGCUCUGACCGAUGCAUGGUCACCGACUGGUUCGUCUACAAGUCGGGCCCCGGGACGCCAUCUCUCGAGCUCCUGAUCCAGCGCCCCAACCCGCUUGACGUUGUAUCCAGACGCGCCGGCGUCUUAUCCUGUGGCGACCACUGUCUGGUCGUCGACCCCGAAUGGCGAUUCCAUGACGACGACUGGAUGAAGUUCCACCUCCAUAUCUUCUCGAGCAAGACCAAGCGGUGGAGCAACAAGGUCGCAAAGCUGGGUCGUGGCAUGGAGGCGUUCAACCCUUUCUUCCUACCCACCAAGGUGUUGUGUGUCGUCCGAGGAGGAUCAAUGGCCUGGGUUGAUUUCCGGAACAGCAUCCUACUGCUCGACUCGGUCCCCGGGAACUGCCCCGAGGUGAGCCUGAUCCGUCUGCCCCCAUUGAUGCCCAUCAACAACGUUGACUCCGGAGGCAGUCCCGAUGGACCUUGCGUGGAUCUGGUCCGGGAUGUCACCUGUAGAGAUGGCUGGUUCAAGUUCAUCGAGAUGGGAUUUCCGUACUUGGAUCCUAAUGAUGCACAGUUAAACCGUGGAUGGGAGGCCACCAUGUUCAAGAGGAAGAUCCGUUCAGAUAAUUAUUGGCAAUGGGAGCCGUGCGGCACUGUUGACUCUGCUAGCCUUUUGCCUGCCGACUCAUGUGUUGCUUGUUUGUUUCCUGAGAUCUUUGACUGCAACGAGCACAAGCUAGCCCUGAACAAUGUUGUGAGCUCAUUUCCCACAUUGGAUCUAUACUGUGACGAUGUUGUUUACAUGAUGACCAAGAUCAAGGCUGAUGAUCCAGACGGUUGGAUCUUUGCCUUCAACACUGAGAACAAUAGGCUGGAGGAAAUAUCGCCCUUUUCACAAGAAAAUUGUCAUCUCCAUCGCAUCUACCUGCAAUGUGACUUGUCCAAGCACCUGAUGAACAAGGCUCUAGACGUCUUGGCGUCGAGGAGGAGCGGCGGCGGCAACGGUUCAGGGACGCGGAGAACUGGCGUCGAGGAGGAGCGGCGGUGGUGGUUCGGGGAUGAUGAGGAGUGACGAGGCGGAUCCGGCACGGCAUCGGCAGCGUGCGCGGUGGCGACGGGCGACUGCGGGUGCAGCGUUGGCGGGCGGGAGGCGCGGCGGCUCCACCUGAACCGCCGAGCUGCGGCGGGCGCAACGUCAGCGGUUUCGGCACGGCAUGGUUGCGGGCGUGGCAACGACGGGCUGAUGCGGGCUGGAGGCGCGGCAGCUCUACCUCCAUCGCUAAUCAGAGGCGGGCACGACGUCGGCGGAUCCGGCACGGCACGGCUGCCAGCGCGGCGGCAACUGGUGACUACGUGUAGGGGGUGAGGAGGCGGCGCAUCUGGCUGCCGCUCCGCGCCCCACGCGCGUGGAUCUGGCGUGGAUAUUGCACGGGUGACGGUGGGUGCGGCUGUGACGGGCAACUGCGGGCAGGAGGCAAGGCGGCGGCGAAUCUGGCCGCCGUUCCGCCCGUACGCGCACGGCGCGACCUCUGCGGCGGCAAGCUCGGACUCGGAUGGAUAUGGAGGAACAGCGGCGGCCACCCCCACGACACGCCGCAAUCGAUGUCCGGAGCAAGCGCUAACAAAAAAUUAACAUAUGAUAUAGACUGUGAGGAUGUAUUUGUUGAGUCAAAAUUUUGUUGUCAUACCAAGUUAAUUUUUUAAUUAGUAAGGAUACCAAGCAUAUGAUGUAUAUGAAAAAGGGUUUCUAAUAAAAACAUAGCCGCCAGUUUUAUUAAGAGUAA